CCGGAUGUGUCGUUUAAAAGAUCCACGUGUUGACAGUGAGUUGGCGGCAUGCCCGAAUUCAAAUGCCAUUUGCGUGUACACAAUCCGUUAGGUUGCCAUACUGCGGCGGCGACGGCGGCGAUGCUCCAGCGUCAACGUGGGAAUCCCAAGUGCAUCCAGUGGCGAGACCCGUCCGGCGAGGCAUCGGCUCCCCUUCGCUUUCAUUCCAUCGGAUGGUCCUUGGCCGAGUCUCCGCCAGGGUGGUCGACGGUGCUAGCUCCAGCCAUGAGUCACGACCACCACAUGACAUUCUUGCACGUUGGCGCGUUCAGUGGCUCGUGGCUCCAAGAUCAGCUACCAGCUAUAUUCGAUGCGCUACUUACCGGACGACGGGGGUUGCUUACGCUAUCGUACUACAAUGUCGUGGGAAAUAGCGGUAUCCGGGAUCACUUUUCAUCGCUGGACGCGGUGUCGCUACCCGAGGAGUGUUAUAUAGAGCCCACGUCGACUCCAGCCAACAAACUCCACAUUCCCAUCACGACGCCAUUGAAUUGGCGACCUCUUGUACAGCUUAUGCAACACAGCCCAGUGGACCCCGAGGACCACCUCGUGCUGCAAGUCACAUUCGAUGGCACGGCGACCGCUACAAUCUGUUCGGUUGCGACGAUGCUACAUCCGUCCACGGGGGUGUGCUAUCCGUGGUACACCGGCCAGCUCCGUCCCACUUCGUCUCCCGCACCAUCGUCGUCAUUGAUGUCGGCAGUGUACCCGUACAUCCACCGCGCUGCCGCCGUGAUCGUGUGGACUGUCGUGGACUGCAGCCACCCCCCUAACGUUGUUCGCAACGCCCUACUCGCCACGUUCAAACUCAAAAAGUGGCUCAAAUCAACGGCCUCUGCUGCUUGUGUGUCGAUGAAUGUAUCCAAAUGCGCUGAAGCCAGCGCAGCCCUCUCGCUGGCAAAUCGACGAGAGUUGGAAGCCCAAGUCAAAGCGUUGGCCGAAGAGAAGGCCGCGGCCGACGCCGCGACGGCGCAAGUGACCCAGAAAUUGCUUCGCGUGCAGGCCCAAUGCGACCAAUUGCAACGAACGCUCUCAGCAACACAGGACGAACUCCACGUCAGUUGUACAUUGUGACAUCAUACUUUAGUAAGUCUGUGAUUAACGUAGAAGCGCAACGCAAAACUGGCGGCGAUGGCCGCGGACACGUCGCGCCGGCUCGUGGAGCAAGACAUCGUCCAAGCAGCUAUGAUCGAGGAAAACGACUUGCUGGCAAGGCAAGUGCAAAAUCAAGUUGUACGAACCGACCACGUAACCAAUGAAUUGUGGGCCCAAGGCAGUUUCAAACGCAAGUGGCUGCAAGCGGAAGCCACGUGUCGAGUCCUGCGCAAACAACUGGCAGUUGCCAAGCAACUUCAAUAACGUCCCCGCUUGGUUACAUACAUCUCUUCCUUUUUGUGUACUGUACUAGUAGGAAUAAGUCGCCAAGCAACUUCAAUACACCCUACAUCACUAUUACCAAA